UGAUCAAUCAAUCAAUCAACCAGCCGUUCAAUCAAUCAAUCCAUCCAGCAACAGGAAAAUGGCAGACGGUUUUUCCCUGACCGACGCCUUGUCCGGACCGGGCAACCCCAACGCCCCGGGCUGGCCGGGGGCUCCGGCUCCGGGGGCUUAUCCGGGCUAUCCCGGGGCCUACCCGGGCCAGGCUCCUCCCGGGGCCUACCCGGGCCAGGCUCCUCCCGGGGCCUACCCGGGCCAACCGCCCAGCGCGCCCGGGGCCUACCCGGGCCAGGCUGCCCCCGGGGCCUACCCGGGCCAACCGCCCAGCGCGCCCGGGGCCUACCCGCCUUACCCGGGCCAGGCUCCGCCCGGGGCCUACCCGGGCCAACCGCCCAGCGCACCCGGAGGCUACCCGCCUGCUGGCCCCACUUCCUUUGGGCCCUUGACCGUGCCCUAUGAACUGCCCUUGCAAACCGGGUUCCUGCCCCGCACCAUGAUCACCAUCGUGGGCACGGUGAACCCCCAGGCCAACAGACUGGCCUUGGAUUUCAAGAAGGGGCCGCAGGACGUGGCCUUCCACUUCAACCCCCGCUUCAACGAGGACAACAGGCGGGUCAUCGUCUGCAAUUCCAAGCUGGACAACGCCUGGGGCCGAGAGGAGAGGCAGACCACCUUCCCCUUCGAGGCGGGAAAGCCCUUCAAGAUCAUGGUCCUGUGCGAGACGGACCAUUUCAAGGUCGCCGUCAACGACGCCCACCUGCUGCAGUACAACCACCGCCUGCGCAACCUCAACCAAAUCACCAGCCUGGCCAUUUCGGGCGACGUCACCCUCACCAGCGUCACCCCCACCGCCUUCUGAGGCCGCCCCCGACCCCGCCAGGAGGAAGAUCGUCGCCUCCCCCCCGCCCCGGCUCCCGAAUAUCCGCGUCUAAUAAAUGCUCUUCCAGGA